AUGAAGUUCAGAGACACCUGGGCUCACAACCAAAGCGAGCCUCGCGCUAGGGAUAGCCACCUCAGCCCCCUUGCGGCUCACCUGAUAGCGGCAUCGGGAGAAUUCGUCGGGACGUUCUUCUUCCUAUGGAUGGGCUACUCAGGCCAGACCGUGGCCCUCACCCUGGCCCCAUCUCCUGCAGCUGGGGGCGGUCCCAGCAGUGAGACGGUCGUUUACAUAUCGCUUGUGUACGGCUUCUCACUUCUGGUUAAUGCUUGGACGUUUUACCGGAUAUCAGGGGGGCUUUUUAACCCUGCAGUCUCCCUGGGCCUGAGCCUGUCUGGGCAAGUCCCGUGGAUGCGCACAGCUUUUCUGAUUCCAGCACAACUUAUCGCAUCGAUGUGUGCCGGAGGACUGGUUGCGGCCAUGUUCGGGACGGAUAUCUCGAAUGUCAACACCAUCCUCGUGUCGGGUACAUCGACAGCCCAGGGCCUCUUCAUCGAGAUGUUCAUGACCGCUCAACUAAUCUUCGUGAUCCUCAUGCUCGCCGCCGAAAAGUCGAAGGACACUUUCAUUGCUCCUGUAGGAAUAGGUCUGGCUCUUUUCAUUUGCGAACUGACUGGCGUUUACUACACUGGAGGUUCCCUCAACCCUGCGCGCAGCUUUGGAUGUGCUGUUGCGGGUAGGCAAUUUCCCGGCUAUCAUUGGAUCUAUUGGCUUGGCCCAGCUCUCGGAGCAGCUCUCUCUGCGAUGUAUUAUCGCUUUGUCAAGUGGGCACAUUAUGAGGAGGUCAAUCCUGGGCAAGAUAGCGCUGGCACGGAGCAAGAGGACGAAGUAUAA